AUGUCCGCCCAACAAUCCCAAGGCAUCCAAACUCUCCUCGAAGCUGAGAAAGAAGCCGCAAAGAUUGUCCAGCAAGCUCGCCAAUAUCGUGUUCAGAAACUGAAGGAUGCUCGCUCUGAGGCCUCCAAAGAAAUAGACGAAUAUAAGAAGGCGAAGGAAGAUGAAUUCAAGGCUUUCGAGGCAUCUCAUGCCGGCACGACGUCAAAUGCACAGAAUGCGGUUGAUAAAGAGACAGAGUCAUCUCUAAAGGCUAUCACGGACUCUUAUACCAAGAACAAGGACAAUGUUGUGAAGAAGUUACUUGACCGAGUAGUCUUGGUUGAGCCUGAACUGCACCGCAACCUCCGGGCUCAAUCAUAA